AUGGAGAUCCACGACAGGGACCAGUGGAAAACUGUGUGUGACUCAGACUUUGGUCCCAAAGCUGCUGACGUGGUCUGCAGGGACUUGCAGUGUGGCGUGGCCCUGCCCAUCACUGAGGCAGCUCACUUUGGAGAAGGAGUCGGUCCCGUCUGGGACAGAGAGCUGCAGUGUGUGGGGAAUGAAUCCUUUCUCAUGUCCUGCCCCAAAGGAUCCCCCAGGGACCGGCCCUGCACCCAUGCUGCGCAUGUCACCUGCACACAGUACACAAGGUUCAGGCUGGUGAACGGCAGCACGGCGUGUGAUGGGAGGGUGGAGGUCCAGGUGCUGGGGACCUGGGGCACCCUCUGUGCCUCCCGAUGGGACCUCUUGGAUGCCCACGUUCUCUGUCAUCACCUCGACUGCGGGUUUGCCGAGUCCAUUCCCAGAGGAGGGCAUUUUGGGAGAGGAAGUGGCCCCGUCUGGAGAGACUCGUUCCACUGUGACGGGACUGAAGGCCACCUGGGACAGUGCCCAGUGACCACCCUGGGGGCCUCUCUGUGCUCCCACGAGAACGACGCUGCUGUCAUUUGCUCAGGUGACUCUGCAUCCCUACGGCUGGUGGGUGGAGAGAGUCGGUGUGAUGGACGUUUGGAGAUCUUCCAGCAUGGGAUGUGGAGCAGAGUCCUGGAUGACCAGUGGGACAUGCAGGAGGCCAGCGUGGUGUGCCGGCAGCUGCAGUGCGGAAAGGCAGAGACAGCCUACACCUCCCUGAAGGCCCAGAGAGGGACGGGUCCUGUGGGGCUGCGAGGGGUCCGGUGCACAGGGCACGAGGCCAACUUGACUCUCUGCAACACCUCCCUGCCUGAGAGUGUGCUGGCAGCAGGGAUUGCAGAGGACGUGGGGGCCGUUUGCUGGGGGAGCCGACAGGUCCGGCUGGUGAAUGGGCCCGGGCGCUGUGCGGGGAGAGUGGAGAUCUACUACCAGGGCAGCUGGGGGACCAUCUGCGAUGACGGCUGGGACCUGCAUGACGCCGCUGUCGUUUGCCAGCAGCUGGGCUGCGGAGGGGCGGUGGAGGCAGUUGGCUCCGCUCGGUUUGGGGAAGGCUCCGGUCAGAUCUGGCUGGACAGCGUGAACUGCUCUGGGGCCGAAGCUGCUCUCUGGGACUGCCUGGCAGAGUCCUGGGGGCAGCACGACUGCUGGCACAAAGAGGACGCAGGAGUCGUCUGCUCAGAGUUCGUGGCCCUGAGGCUGGAGAACAGCGAUGGCUGCUCUGGGCGCCUGCAGGUUUUCUACAACGGGACGUGGGGGAUUGUUUGCUCCAACUCAAUGACUCCCAAAACGGUGUCGCUGGCAUGCAAGUUGCUGGGCUGUGGGGACAGAGGGUCCCUGGAAACACGCCUGCCCUCUGGCAAGGUGUCUGGCCCUGCCUGGCUGGAUCGCGUGGAGUGUGGGGAGAGAAACAACUUUUUCUGGCAGUGUCCCUCCACUCCCUGGGACCCGCAGUCGUGCGAUGACCUGCGAGACGAGACCCACAUCACCUGCAAUGAUCCCACCCGGGACCGUCCAGCUGGCAGCGGGAGAGUCUCAUUGCCCAUCAUCAUCUGCAUCAUCCUGGGAGCCCUUCUCUGCCUGCUCCUGGCCCUCUUGGCUGUGCAAAGCGCCAGGGCUGGGCGUAGAGGUUCUGAGAGAGCUUGGGAGCCUUUCCCUGAGGCCGUGUACGAGGAGAUUGGUUACAGCCCAGCGGGGGAGAAGCAGGAGAGGUUCAGCGGCUCAGGCUCCUAUUCAGAGGGGUCCCUGACCAAGCUGCAGCCGUACCCUGGGGACAGCAAGGAGGAGGAUGGUCCAGGGUCAGCACCAGAGAGCGUGGGCUAUGACGAUGCUGAAGAGGUGUCUCUGGCACAUCCCCCUGAGGACACAAAGGCUGUGACACCGGAGCUGGGUGCACAGCAGUCCCGGAGCCCCAGGCCAGGAGAGCCGGUCCCUGCCAUGGGGCUGGGUGCAGCCAGGAGGGAGGAGAUGUCUGUGCAGCUGGGAGAGCUGUGA